AAUGGGCGGGGGCCGGGCGGAGCGGGGCGCACGGCUCGGCACGGCACGGCUCGGCACGGCACGGCUCGGCUCGGCUCGGCUCCGCACCGCUCCCCAGCCAUGGCAUCCAAGUGCCCCAAGUGCGACAAGACCGUGUAUUUCGCCGAGAAGGUCUCCUCCCUGGGCAAGGACUGGCACAAGUUCUGCCUGAAGUGCGAGCGCUGCAACAAGACCCUGACCCCGGGCGGGCACGCUGAGCAUGACGGGAAGCCCUUCUGCCACAAGCCCUGCUACGCAACGCUGUUUGGCCCCAAAGGGGUGAACAUCGGUGGCGCUGGGUCCUACAUCUACGAGAAGCCGCAGAUCGAGGGGCAGACCGCCCCGGGGCCCAUCGAGCACCCGGCGAAGGUGGAGGAGAGGAAGGUGAACGCCGCGCCGCCCAAGGGACCCAGCAAAGCCUCCAGCGUCACCACCUUCACUGGGGAGCCCAACAUGUGCCCGCGCUGCGGCAAGAGGGUCUACUUUGCCGAGAAGGUGACCUCGCUGGGGAAGGACUGGCACCGGCCCUGCCUACGCUGCGAGCGCUGCAGCAAGACGCUGACCCCCGGGGGCCACGCCGAGCACGACGGACAGCCCUACUGCCACAAGCCCUGCUACGGGAUCCUCUUUGGGCCGAAGGGUGUCAACACCGGAGCCGUGGGCAGCUACAUCUACGACAAAGACCCCGAGGCGAAGAACCAGCCGUAGGGCAGCCCCCUGCCCGCCCGCUCGGUGCCCCCGCACUAACCUCCCGCUCGUAGAAGUAGCUGGAGCGGCCCUUCGCCUCGGAGCUGUGCUCUCUCUGCUGUCUCUACUGCGGGCAGGACGGCCCUGCCCUCCGGGUUAUAUAUCAUAGUCUCUAAUAUAAGCUUCAGUGUUUAAAGGCAAAGGUUGAAGGCGGCUCUGCUCGUCCCCAAUGCGCUCUGCCCUCCUCUCCCUCCCUCUAUCCACCCCCCUCAGCGCAGGAGGCAGCUUUGUGGCUGUGUAGCAUCCCGCAGCAUUCAGGGAUGCCAUCGCUGGUGACACCCACGUCCCCUAGGGGCUCUGGUCUUCCCAAGCUGCAUGCCCAGCUCCAGCAAUCGAGGGGCUGGCACCUCCCUGUGUCCCCACCCUUGCACCCCCAGGGCAUCCCCAUCCCUGCACCCGUGCUCUGCUGCGGGGCCCAGCUGCUCCCCACGUCCGGGGGCAGAGCGCAUUGGGCUCGCGGCUCGGCUGGGCGGUGUGGCCCCCGCCUGCUUUCCCGAGCCCAAGGUUUCUCGUCGUGGUUGUUUAUUUAUAAGUUGUUGUAAGUGUGCUCCUCGCCGCGGAGAGUGGUGCCGCCUGGGUCUCGCCCCGUCCCCUGCACGCAUGCCCAGCCCCGCUGCUUGCGCUGCCCACCAGGCCGGGCCCUGCGGCGCCAGCGCCGUGCGCUCCCCGGGCUCCCAGAGUUUUGUUAUUUGCUGACAAUAAAGGUUUUGAGAGA